CAUAUGUGAAAAUUGGGAGAAAAAGAAUUCAUAAUUAAUUUAAUAUUUCUUGCGAAAAUACUUUUGCAAUUUUCUGAAUUUAAAUAGAUCAAGCUUCAAAAGUGUUAAAGUUUUUUGUUCAUAAUUUUUAGGAACCAGUUCUCUGCUUAAUAAUUACGAAAAUCGAUAACUAACUUUUGUAUUUAUUUGUUGUUAUCUGUUUCAAGUUUAUACGAUGAGUUUCGCUUGACUUUCCACUUUUAAAAGUUUUAUACCUUAUCAACUGACAGCUUAUCGGUGAUGGAGGAAGAAGUUUCGAUAGGGGCGAAGGUGACAUCUCCUCCUCCGCCUCCUCAAUCUCCUCCCCCUGUCGACACGGGCACCUCGAUUGUGGAAGAAGACGAAGAAUUAGGAAUUGAUCCGAUUGUGGAAGAUAACGAACAAACUUUUUGUUCGGUUUGUCUAAUUUGUGGAGAAAAGUUGCCCCUUGUUCAGCAAGUCAGUUCCGGUGAUGCAGACAAUAAUCAUGUCAAGACGACAUCCACACAACGGUUUCAAAAUCUUUGCGACGCAUUGAGACUGACGGUGACGAAAUGUCAAGGGUGGAAUUUUGAAAAGGAAGCCCUCCCGCUGUGUCACACCUGUGGCGAAAUAUCCGAUCGUUUAGGAUCAAUUGUAGAACAAGUGAAAAAUCUUGAGACUGAAUAUUCUGCAAUGACAGUAGCGUUAAAGACUCAAAUUUCUUCUGCUCCACGACAAGGAGGAGACGAUCGUAUAACUAAUUUCCGGAAACUUAUAGCCACCAAAAAUUCCUCCCACGAGAAGAAACGCGGUCGCCCCAGAAAACAAGACCUCCCCAUCUCAAAACUCUUCUCAAAACCCAAUCUGAAUUCUGUACUGGUCACAAAUCGUAGAAAUAUCGACGCAACCGUGCCAGACCUAAAACCUCAACGACGACGCCAACAAAAACAAGGUCUCAACACCAAGUCAAAAAAUAAAGUGGUCAAAAAUUCAGUAUCCAAACCUCGUCGUAUGAAUAAACGGAAAUCUGGUAAAGAAUCGGGGGAUGAAUUUUCAGUCAAUUUCAAAGGUUGGUUGGACAGUGAGGAUGAUGAUGAUGAAAAGACUUCGAAACAUUCCUUCUUUGUCAAAGAGGAAGCGAAUUUCAGUUGUUCAGAUCGCGACGAGUCACAUCGGGCCAUUCUCCCACCCGAAAUUACCGGCGAUAUCGACAUCAGUCAAAAAUUAGAAGUCCAAGUAAAACAGGAAAUUGACCCAUUCACAGAGUUUGAACAAUUCCUAUCCGUAGACAAACGUGAAGACAACGACGACGAUGGACGAGUGUCAACCCGUCCAAGAAGGCAGGUCACGAAGCGGUCACAUCUUCGCGAUUCUUCGCCAUCCCCUCCUCCUCCUCCUCCCCCUAAAAUUAGUAAACCAUCGAGUAAGUACGUAGCAAAAAAAUCAUCACCCGCAAUUAUUAAGGAAGAUGACGAGUACGACGACGACUAUGAUCCCCCCUCCUCCGCAGAUGACGGGGUGACCAGUGACGACGACUCAGAUUUCAACGUGGCUGAAGAAAACGUAUCGUCCGUCAAUCGAAAAAGUGGUGGUUCGGGACGAAAGAAAAGUUCCCGUCGUUCGAAAUCCAAAAGGAGUCGUAGCUCCAGUGAUGAUGAAUUCAGGAGCGAAGGUCAAGUCGCGAAGGGGGCUAAACGACGGUGGAAGAUUGACAAGAAAGCUGGGCGGAUGUGGUACAACGCAGUGGAAGUGAUUCUCAUCCCGACUGGAUUACAGUGCAGCCUUUGUCCCCAUAUCGCAGAAGGAGACAAAGGGGAGAGAAACCGGUCUUGGAUGAAAACCCACAUCAACACCAAACACCUCACCGAUUUCCACUGUCCGGUCUGCUCCAAGAAGUUAUCGACCCAGAAAAGUGUGGACCUUCACGUUCGGACGGUCCACGAGAGGACGGAGAAUCACCCCUGCGACGUUUGCGGGAAGCCAUUCACCUCCAUAAACGCUAAGCGACGACACGGUUGGAGUCACAUGAAUGAAGAAGAAAAGCAAGCCGCCGUUGCUGCGGGGAGGAAACGAUACUCCAACGGGUCCGAUAAGUUGGAACCUUUGCAGUGCGGAAUUUGUGGGAAAAUGUGUCGUGGAACCUACAAUUUGAGGAAACAUGAGGAAAUUCAUCUCGACGAGAAGGAGCGGAAAAAACACAUGUGUCAAGUUUGCGGAGCAAUUUACAGUGCAGCCGAAACACUUCGCCAACAUAUUCGAUUACGUCACGAAAACAAUUCAAAACUGCAGUGGUUGCGGUGUCCCUACUGCGAUAAGAAAUAUCCACAAUCUGGUCUACUCGAGAAACAUAUGCGGGUCCAUACGGGAGAGAAGCCUUACCAAUGUUCCGAAUGUGGAGCGACCUUCAUCAACGGAAAUCUGCUGAAAGUGCACAUCUACAAGCACAAGAAUUUCCGGCCCCACCCCUGCAGCCAUUGCGAAAUGAAGUUUUAUCGCAGGUAUCAUUUGGCCCGGCAUGUCGCCACGUAUCACGACAAUCCCAACCCACCCAAGAGAAAGCAACCCUACCGCAGUGAAAACGGAACGAGAAAGCCUCCACAAAAACGGGAUCGUCGACCAGUCACUUCAAUGACGACGUCCUCCUCCUUGGCGCAGAGUCUUCCCAUCAUCAUCACAACGACGCCUCCACAUCAGGAAGCGUUGGUGCGGUACAUCCGAAAAAAUAAUACCCCUCCUCAUCAAAGCUCGACUUAUCACGAGGAUGAAGACACGAAUGAGAGCGAGUCGUCCAACGCCGCGACGACGACCACAGUUCCACGGAUAAUUACGACUCUGCACGGGCCGAGCGGUUCCUCUGGGAUGAGCUUUUCUGGUUAUGGGGCCGGAGGAAGUUACCCUUUUUCAUACGCGUCGUCGUACGGUCAUCAACUACCGUAGAUUAAUUAAUUAUACAGUUUAAUUCAAUUUACCUUUAUUUAAGUGUCAGUCACAUAUACGAAUUUUACCAAUUUUUUAUGUACACUUUACAGUUUCGUGAAUGAGUAAAGUUUUUAUGUGGAUAAUCCACAGUGGAUUAA